CUGCAAGCGAGCGCCCAGCCCCGAGCCGGCGCAGGAAACGCCGCAGGUGCCACUGCCCAGCCCCUGGCCAGGAGCCAUGCCAGGGCUGGGGAUGGCCACCGAGUGUCCCCUGGCCAGGCAGCCCAGGCCAGGCAGCGCCCGUGGCUCUGUGGGGAGCUGGCGGUGCAGCGUGGCCGCGGAGCCGCCGCUGCCGGCAGCGGUGCAGCGCUGCUGCUGCACUGCAGGGCUGGAGUGGCUUUCCAGGGCUGAACUCCGCGGAUUGGCCCGGAGCACCCCGCUCUCCUCCCUCCCUGCCCUCCCUCCUCCAGCACCCACAAGCCACGGAGAUUGGACAGUUUGGUGCCACAUGGCAGAGAGGAGCUAGGAUAAAAAAAUGAGCUGGGCGCGGGGAUUGUAGAGUCCGCGGCAAAGGAAGCUCGCGGUGCGCUGGCACCAACAUUUGCUGGCUGAGCUGAGUCAGUGCAGGGAGCACGGACAGACGGACACACCACCGGGGCUGCAGCCACCCAGGGACACCUGCGGGGUGAGCACCAGCUGCGGAGCAUCCUGUCCCCUCCGUGCCAGCCAUGUCCCUGGUGGUGAAGGAGAAGAACCACGUCCGGUUGGUUUUCCUGGGGGCUGCCGGCGUGGGCAAGACCUCGCUGAUCCGGCGCUUCCUGCUGGACACCUUCGAGCCCAAGCACCGGCGCACGGUGGAGGAGCUGCACAGCAAGGAGUAUGAGGUGUGCGGGGCCACGGUCACCGUGGAGAUCCUGGACACCAGCGGCAGCUACUCCUUCCCGGCCAUGAGGAAGCUCUCCAUCCAGAACAGCGACGCCUUCGCCCUGGUCUACGCCGUGGAUGACGCCGAGUCCUUCGAGAGCGUCAAGAGCCUGCGGGAGGAGAUCCUGGAGGUGAAGGAGGACAAGUUCCCUCCCAUCGUGGUGGUGGGCAACAAGGCGGAGAGCGGCGGCGAGCGGCGCGUGCCGGUGGAGGACGCGCUGUCGCUGGUGGAGCUGGACUGGAACAGCCGCUUCGUGGAGGCCUCGGCCAAGGACAACGAGAACGUCCUGGAGGUGUUCAGGGAGCUGCUGCAGCAGGCCAACCUGCCCAGCAGGCUCAGCCCCGCGCUCUGCAAGAGGAGGGAGACGCUGCCCAAGGAGCAGGCGCUCAGGCCGCCCAUGAACAAGACCAACAGCUGCUCCGUGUGCUGAGCCCGGCUGCAAACUCAGGUGGGCCGGGUGGGAGAGGCACUGCCCCGGCCAAAACCUCCCCUGCUGCCUCCCACCCCUUCCCUCCUCUUCCUCACCCAGCCCAGAGGAGCGGAGAGGGUGGGAGGUGACCCGAAGGUGGGGUGCUGGAUGGGUGUGGGGUAUUCCCAAAAAAGCAGGAGGCUCACCUGGGGAGCAGCCUGGGUCAGGCAGGGCGCUGAGGGCAGGCACGGGCAGGGGGGCUCUGGCAGAUGUGGGCACCUGCAGCUGCAUCAGCCCUGCCAGCACCGCUGUGCCAGCACUUGAGUCUGGUGUCACCUCGUCCCCAGCACCUCCAACCUCCUGGCAUGGCUCUGGCACCCACAGCACACCCGAGCAGUCCUCAGUCUGUAGAACAUGUGAUAGGGUGGUCUGU